AGUUGCUUUUUGGAAAUCGAAGUGAUUCGAGUUGUAUUGGGGUUUUAUGUAAUCGAUUUUCGUGAUUUUUUAACACGAAUGCGCAAUGGCGCCUUCAACAAAUUUUUGGAAAACACAACAGAAAGAAAGUGAUCGUACAUUGGGUUUGGAAACCGAGGAAGAGUGCCGAAAACGAUGGAUCUCAAUACGUAUCAUCUACUUCAACGGUUUUUUGGUUUAUUUGGCAUUUUCCAUUAUUGGAACCAGCGUUUGGCCUUAUCUGAAUUCAGUUGAUCCGGAUGCUGGGAAAGUAUUUCUCACUUAUGUAUUCGCCAUUCCAUCGCUAAUGCAACUGGUGUGCAGCCCUCUGUUUGGCUGGUGGAACAACAAGUUGUCGUCCAUAAGAAUGCCAAUGGCCUUGUUUUUGAUACUGUUCAUAAUUGGACAGAUAAUGUAUUCUACUGUCGAAGAAUUUCCGGUGCACCGGAAAUAUGUGAUGUUAACAGCUCGUGCUUUGGUAGGAAUUUCGUCGGUUUGCUGCACGAUUUAUCGGGCAUAUGUCUCAUCGGCCACUACAGUUGCCGAGCGUACCAUGACCAUGUCCAUACUUUCACUGGCUCAAACUCUUGGAAUUUUGGCUGGAUCCGUGUUCCAAUCUCUGUUUGCCAUAUUCGGCGAGGAAGGAUACAGAGUCCUGGGUCUGUUCCGGCUUAACAUGUACACCGCAAGUGGCUGGUUCUGCGCAGUUUUGGGAGUCGUUAAUUUAGUACUGAUGCUGCCCUCGAUAUUCCAAGAUCAGCUGAUAGCGGUGAAGGAAGCAAUGAAGGGCUUAGGAGUGACCGAUAAAAAGGAUGUCUACAAGACACUGGAGUUGCAGCAUUUGGCGAUCUUAUUGAUGUUGGUAGCUUUCGCCCUUUUGAUGUUCGUUUAUUCUGGCUAUCAAACGUGAGUACUGCCAAUUG